UGCUGUUUGGAUAAUAUGCACUGGGAGCGUUGGAGGCUCCGCGGCCCCGCUCACAUCUGGCUGGGGUUUGCUCUUUACGAGUCUGUCUUGCUCUCUUCAGCUCUUCCUUUACUUUCGAGAAACCGCGCUUCCGCUUCUGGCCAGAGAGAGCUUGGAACAGAGGAGGUCAAGGCUGUUCUGCCCCCCUCCGACCUGGCUGGGAGGAGGCUACGACGCUGCUGGGAGAUGCUCUAAGCCCGAGAGGCCGCCCCAGGACGCUGGCCGGAGCAGGGCGCGCGGGAACAUGGGCUCCCGGGGACUGAGACUCGGGCUGGCGAGCUGCCUGCUGCUGGCCUUCGCCUGUGGCCCGGUGCUGGGCCGUGCGCCGCGCGGCCCACAGGAGCUGCAGGAACAGGAGGGGACCGAGGAGCCGCCGCUGGACCACGCGGAGAGGGAUGAAAAGAACCAUGAAAAAUACAGCCCCAGGCAGGGGGAGGACGAGCCCGCUUCCCGAUGCUUCCGCUGCUGUGACCCCGGCACGCCCGUGUACCAGGCCAUCCCGGUGCCGCAGAUCAACAUCACCAUCCUGAAAGGUGAGAAGGGUGACCGAGGAGACCGAGGCUUGCAGGGGAAAUACGGCAAAACAGGCUCCGCGGGCGCCAGGGGCCACACGGGCCCCAAAGGGCAGAAAGGGUCCAUGGGGGCUCCCGGGGACCGCUGCAAGAACCAUUACGCCGCCUUCUCGGUGGGCCGGAAGAAGCCCCUCCACAGCAACGACUACUACCAGACGGUGAUCUUCGACACGGAGUUCGUGAAUCUCUACGGCCACUUCAACAUGUUCACCGGCAAGUUCUACUGCUACGUGCCGGGCAUCUACUUCUUCAGCCUCAACGUGCACACCUGGAACCAGAAGGAGACGUACCUGCACAUCAUGAAGAACGGGGAGGAGGUGGUGAUCCUGUUUGCCCAGGUGAGCGACCGCAGCAUCAUGCAGAGUCAGAGCCUGAUGCUGGAGCUGCGGGACCAGGACGAGGUGUGGGUGCGUCUCUUCAAGGGCGAGCGGGAGAACGCCAUCUUCAGCGACGAGUUUGACACGUACAUCACCUUCAGCGGCUACCUGGUCAAGCACGCCCUGGAGCCCUAGCCCCGCCGGCCCCGCGUCCCCCCCACCCCCGCCUGGGGAGGGGUGGGGGGCACGGGUCUCGCUGCAGCCCCUCCCCCAGGCCUGGCUUCCCCGCCUCACUGCCCAGCUUCGGCCCUCCACACCACGCCCCCCUCGCUGAAGGGGAAGCGGAAUCGGCUGGUGGGCACCUGCGAGGGGGAGGGGGCGGCUCCCCUCCAGGCACGUAUCCCCAGGCGACCCAGCAGGCGCGCGGCCACGGGGCAGGGUGUCCCAGAGUCAUCCCGCUCCCUCCCGUGGCUGGAAGUAAUUAAGGAAAUUAUAAAGUUUGUAAAAGAAGCAACAUCGGGCCCGUGUGGGAAGAGGGAGGCGUUGUGAUUCUUGCCUUCCCACCGGCCGCACCGGUUCCCCGGGGAGGCAGUUCCAGCUUGAGCUUGCGUGAGCCUCCUGCUAAAGGAGACCCGACGGGGACGCUGCGGGCCACGGGGGAGGGGGGCGGAGGGCGUGGGGCCCUCCUCGGCCAUGGCCAUUCGUGAGUCUUCUUUGGCAACCGCUGGACUGACCUCCACGUCCUGGGGUCGGCACGGCCUUGCCCCGAGGGUUCGGCUGGUCUGUCUGAGCCACAACAGCGAGGGGGGGGGGGGGUGUGUGGCUGGGGUGGGGGUAGCGAAUGUCAGCUCUCAGCAGGGCAGCCAAGCCCCGGGCCUCGGCCUCUGGGCUGAGACGAACAGCCUGCUUGUUGGAACCCGCAGACUCCUGACAACAGCCGGGGACCUCGGGAGUCCCUGGGUCUGCUCAGCACAACCAGGGCAGAGCCAUCCAUCUGGUGUGGUUCUGCCCCCACGGCCCCAGGCUGCCCCGGAGCCCUGGGCAGGGCCUUCACGCCCGCCACCCUGGCGCUGGCUUUCCGCUCCUCCUCUCAGACGGGUCGGCCAUGGAAGGCACUGGAGCCAUACUUUUGUAACAGCUGUCGUGGUUAUAUAAUAUUUGCUAUACAAGCUCCCUGCACACCAUCUCCAGUCCUGUUUCCCUGAGGGCUCAGCGCUCUCUCCCAGGCCUCUUUGACCAGUAGCCUAGGACACCGCGGGAGGGCCUUCCUCUGGGCCCCGGAGCAGGGAAGAGCCGGAAAGAGCCGGAAGGGGCUGGAAGGCUCUGCCUGCCUCGGGGCCCCCGCGGGGCACCGUCCCUCUGACCAGGAGAGAAGCACGUCUGAAGCACUGGAGUCAGAACCCUCUCUGGGAGGUGGGGUGUAGAAACACCCGAAGCGGCUGCUGCCUAGAUUUGGUGCUCUGGCCCGUGGCUGACUUUGGCCCGGUGGCCCUUCCCUGCCUCUCUCCGUUAACGCCCAGGGCCAAGGUCCCUCUCCUACCUGCUCGGGCCCCUAAGCCCCUACCGGGAACCUUCCUUCCCUCGGGGAAGGGUCGGUUCUUCCCUGGUGACCCUUGGCCUUGACCCAUCCCUCCGCCCUCCCGGGGGCCGGGCCACCGGGUCUGGGCCCCGUGCCUCCUUCCCUCUGAAGGACUUCUGCUGGUCAGACUUUCAAAACGGUGUUUUUAUGGGCGUGCUGGUGAGUGGAGCGUCCACCUGCUGCUUUGUGCUGUCCCGGUGCUCUUUCGGAAAACAUUAAACUUGGAACCAUGCGUUUGAGCAUCA